AUGCAGUUUGACAAAGCUUUGAAGUACCUGGGUGAUUUUGGCGUGUACCAACGAGUGGUCUACUUCUCUUUGUGUCUCAUGGCUGUUCCUGUGGCUUGGCAUAGCACCGGUAACACUUUCCUGAGCGCUAAGCCAGCCCACCAGUGUCGCCUCUACCAGGGCUACGUCUACAAUGCCUCGGAGGCGUACGACACCGUGCGCAGCUGCGAGAUACCAAAGCUCAAAGAUGGCCAAUGGGACAGCUGUAACAUGUACAAUACCUCUGCCACCCACGACGACAACAAUGGCGAAUGCAACUCCACUUAUUUGUGGCAAUCUAUUCCGUGUCAAAUGGGAUGGGUGUAUGAUGAUGGCAUCUACAGGAGUACAGUUGUAACUGAGUGGGACCUAGUGUGUGAAGACAAUGCCUUGCGUCAGCUGUCCAAAACCCUGGUUCUGGUGGGCAAGUUGUUUGGAUCCUUACUUUUUGGGCAACUCGCAGAUACCUUUGGAAGGAAGAAGUCGUUCACACUGGCUAUUUUGCUAAUGGUUGCCUGUGGGACGGGAUCAGCAUUUGCGAACAGCCUCAUUUUGUUCUUAGUCCUGCAAUUCAUAAUCGGUGUUGUUUCAACUGCAACCUUUGUGGUUGCCAUAGUAAUAGCUAAUGAAAUGGUAGGCAAGAGUUUUCGCGUGACGGCUGGCAUUGUCUUCGAGUACUUCUACACCAUCGGCUACCUGUCGAUGGCCCUGAUAGCGUGGUGCCUGGACGGAGAUUGGCGAAAGAUUGAAUUGGCCAUUUCCAUCCCGCCCAUCAUAUUCCUCGCCUAUUACUUCAUCGUGCCCGAGUCUCCCAGAUGGUUGAUUUCAAGAGGCAAGAUGGCAGAGGCGGAGAAGAUCGUAAGAAAGGCAGCGAAGGUGAACAAAGUCGACCUACCAAACAGCGUCUUUGAGGACAAAAAGGACCCAGAACAGAAAAGAUUGCCAUGUUUGUCGCAACUGCAGGAAAACCGACAUUCCGAGGAGACGAAGACCUUUAUUGAUUUGAUGAGGUAUCCUAACCUGAGGAGAAAGGCAUUCAUCGUUUACUUCGUUUGGUUGAGCAACAACAUGGUGUACUUUGGCUUGACCUACUUCACCGAGGACUUGGGUAGCGAUCCCUACCUCUCUUUCUUCCUCGCUGGACUCGUCGAAAUACCCGCCUACAUCCUGUGCCAAUUGCUGUUGGGUAGAAUUGGUCGCAAGUGGCUCAUUUGCAUAUUCAUGACUGUUGGGGGCGUUUCCCUCUUGAGCACCUUGGCAGUACCCAAAGGUUCGAGUUCAUAUUUGUAUCCUCUCCCCCACAACAGUGUGACACAGAAUCGAUUUAAAAGGGUUGUUGCCAACAACAAAGAGAACAACAAUUCCAAUUUGGGAACACUGACCUUGGCGAUUGCCAUGAUAGGCAAGCUGUGUAUCUCAGGUUCCUAUGCCAUUGUCUAUCUAUACGCAAUUGAGAUUUUCCCUACGCCAGUAAGAAAUGCAGGUGUCGGAGGGGGUGCGAUGUUAUCACGGAUUGGCUCCAUUUCCUCCCCUUACAUCCUCUUGCUGGCCGACUACACCUUCCCGGAGUUCCCUUUUCUGAUAUUUGGAUCUUUCACCCUGGUGUCUGGCAUCCUGAUGCUUGUCCUCCCCGACACCAUGGGGGUUAAACUGCCGGAGACUAUGCAGGAGGGAGAAGACUUCGGCAAGUAAGACGGCUGAUAAUGAGGCUAA